GAACACAAGAAAACAAAAGAAAAUGAAAAGAAAACAAAUAAUACGUACCAGUUCAGCAAUGAUCAUCAUGGACUGCUCUCCCUCCAAGUCUGAAUUAUGGGUCUUAAGAAGCAAACCUCGAGAUUACUGGACAGGUGGCGACUAGUCCUAAGAAAAAGAAAGCAAGAACAACCAAAUCGAUAAUUGAAAUUGAGAAGCCUAAAUCAUUAGCUGAAGAAAUACAGUCCAGCUUAGACCCAAGUUCCCGAGCUUUAUUAAACUUAUGGUGCCGUCACAAGUUUCUGGGGGGUUUUGGAUGGGACUUCCCGCAAAAUUUUGUUCUUCAAGUUUACCAAAAAGUGACACCAAAUUUACCUUGGUGGAUGAGGAUGGGGAAGAAUACACUGCAAACUACCUUCCUCAGAAAUUGGGAUCGAGUGGUGGAUGGAGAGGGUUUUCCAAAGCACACAAGUUAGUGGAGGGAGAUGCCUUGGUUUUCCACUUAGUCGACGUUUCUAUAUUCAAGGUUUACAUAGUAAGAUCACACACUUCGGCCGAUGUUGAUACUUCUCCUGACCUCUUAAAGUUGGAAUGUAACACUGAAGGAAGUGACACAGGUACUAUGGACAAGAAGAAAAGCAAAAAAGGUGCACAAAAGCUUGUAAAGUUUCAUCCUACAAUAGUUCUUGACGAAGACGAAAAACUUGAUGCACCGUCAGAAGGUUCACAUCAGCCUGAAGACCGUAGUAGUGAAGAGGUAAUUGAUUCAGACGUUCCGGAAGGUAUCAAAUUGUUGGGAUACAUGGACGAGUUUCAGGAAAUGAAGAAUUUAGAGAGUUUCACCGUAGCAGUAAAUGAUCUGGCUAUAGAUUUGGAAAUACCUGAGCAUAUUCAAAGUAAAUACUACGAGCUUUGCCGCAGUCAGAAUACUUCUCUUCAUAAAGAUCUUGUGAUGGGUUCAAACUCUACGCUUGUUGUGGGGAUUAUUUCCGAAGUAGUAAAUUUAGCUGAAGGCAUACGAGCUUGCAAGCUUAGCACUCCGAGGGAAGAAUUAGAAGCAUGGGAGAACAACUUGAAAGCAUUUAAACAACUUGGCAUGAACGUGGGGUUCUUACUUUCUCGGGUUGGCAAACUUUUGGAAUUAUCUUCCAAGUCGGAACAAGCAUUUGAUUUGAAAAGGUACAAUGAAGCCAUGGAAGGUAAGAAUCGUGUCAACGGGGAGAUAACUACUCUUGAAAUGAAGAUUCUUGAAGUGAGGAAUGACUCCAUGAGAUUAGAUAGAGACAUCAGAACUUUGAAACUGCAAGCAGAGAAGUUUGAGUUGGCAUUUAAAAAUGAGGUUAGCUCCCCUAGGUUUUUGUGGAUUGGGCAUACCAAGAAAGCACGAUGAUGUAACGGCCCCUAUUAUGUAUGAACAACUGCUUUCGAAAGUAUAAAAGUAUGAUAAUAUCUUUGGGGGGCCUGUAGCAGCUUCGAUUCAUUUGUAAUCCAAUGUCCGUCUGUUCCGGACAUAUUUACGAGAAUCUGAUAAUCUCACCCACCCACCCAACCUCACCUAUGCUAUCCAAUAUCCUGAUCCACAAACCUAUUUGUGCACAAUGGAUUUGAACAGUUGGUGAUCUUGAGGCUUAUUUCUAUGCACAUGUCAAGCAGCUGAU